AUGAAGCAAACACGAAGAGUCCUCGCCGAUAGAAUUGACAACGCAACUUGGGAUCAACACCGCGAGACCAUCCACCGCCUCUUCAUCCUUCAGAAGCGCAAACUGGAAGGGCCUGAAGGCGUGAUGCAUGUGAUGUCCAAAGUCCAUGGCUUCAGUGCCACCGAAGCGCAGUAUGAAAAGCGUUUCAAACUUUGGAAUAUUCGGAAGAAGAUUACAGAUCGAGAGUGGAGUGUUGUUCUUUCACAUGUACAUGUGAGGGCACAGCACGGCGAAAAGACUGAUGUCAUAUUUAACGGUGCGCUUCUUGACGAGGAACGCGUUGCGAGGGAAAUCAAUCGACGCCUCUCAAGAUACAACGGGCAUCCGAGUAACUUACAAGACCUUCCCAGGGUACCUCUCGGCUUCAAGUUGCAAUCCCCGCCAAGCGCUGCCGUCCCGUGUGCGGAUAAUGCUAUAUCCGAUUGCAUUCCUGCAAGC